UGACUGGAAUAAUGGCACUAGAGUACCCUGUAAUGCAUUCGCAGAAACAACAGCAGGAAACGGAAAUGCCGACUUAUUACAAAUAACAAAAUACUUUCCAAUCACACUUCAUAAAAAGUUUAGUAAACGAGAAUACAACAAAGAAGAUCAAGGAAAAUUCCCAAGGAACAGAUACGAUUCUAGGAGAUGGGUAAAGAAUCCCGAAAAAACUGGAUAUCAUACUGACCAGCCAAAAUAUCAAAACCCAGCAUAUAACCGAUUCAUUGACAGACAAGUUAAAAGAUCUAUAACAAACCUACCGUUACCAAAAUCACAUAUUGAAACUCAUAAAAACUUCAGACCAAAGUAUAACCCAUCAGCACAUAAAAAUACAUUCAAGAAAUUUGACAACAAGCGCAAAUUUGCACCAUAUUCAACUAACAAAUUUGACAAGUUCAAAGAACGAAGAGAUAAACUCUCUAAAUUAGAAUGCACACAAUGUGGAAGCACAUAUCACACAGCACAAAACUGCCCUGUGAAACCUAUGGAAAUGGACCAUACAGAAAAAGCCAGAUAUAAAGAAUAUAAAGAAUACCAAAAAUUCAGAAAAGAAAUGAAUUCAUUAGAACAACAAACUAAAGAUCUCACUAUUGAAGAUCAUGAAGAAGACCAAUAUUUCUAA